AUGGUCCUCCGUGCGGUGCAGUAUGCGAUUUCGCAGCCCAAUACCGGGAAAACAGAGAUCAUCGACGUACCAGCUGGGAGGAAGACGUUCAUCAACGUGUGCUGGGACGAGCAUAUUCCGCCACCUGCCGACGUGCCCGAAAGCACCAAGCAGCGCGCCAUGCAGGGGGAAGAGAAUACCUGGGGUGUGCCACACGUUGUCGGCGAUGGCCGGACGGACGAGGACAGAGCGGACCGAACCGCACCCGCAGCCGGCCAUCCAGCUCUCGUCUUCGACACGAUCUUUCACCCGUCGCUCUCCGCGCGCGCGAAAUCCGACCUAGUCUUCCGCGAAUUCAUAAAGCAGAUCGCUAUCGGCAGCGUCGAGGACAAAUCAGGCCUUUCCCUUUCCCGAGAGGCGUCCAUCCCCAAGCUCGCUAGCAAAGGCGUGCUUCUCCCGCGUACAGCGAUCGUCCCUGUGCCCGUCCCAAAGCGCUCGAUCGAAGUACUCUCCGACACGCCUGACACGCCUUUUCUCGCGGUAGAUCCCUCCUCGUCCAGCUCCACGCUCCCGGGCCCUGCAUCUACCGCCCUUACCGCUGUUACAGGGGGAGCAGACGCAGACGACAGCGAGAAGCAGGUGCCCAGUUGGCGCUGGGAAGAGGCAGAUAACGGUAUGGGCGUGCGCAUCGUCACUCGCGCCCAACACCCGAAAACGACCCUCGACCUCGAGCCUCGCCGGCUUAUCCUUUCCUCUCCAGCAUUCGCCACGCUCGAUACUUCUCUCAGCACGCUUCCGCGGGAUCUGGACGUGCACGGCGCGCACGCAGAAUACAACCUUCUGGAGCACGAGCUGGUGCUCAACGCUACCUGGGCGUGA